AUGUCUGGUAGUGAUAAGUCGAAGUUAUAUGGAUGGAGCACGAGCUCACCAUCGUCCACGACGAGCAUAGCGACAGGAUGGAUAGUCGGUGAUCGGGACGACGGGACUCGGGACGGCAGCGGGCAUGACGGGAUAUCGGGCACACGUGGAUACGAUGACAACGAUGACACAGCAUGCUGGAUAGCGUGUUAUCUAAGACAGCCGGCUGCGACUUUAUUCAGUAAUUAUUGGAGUGCAGUGUCCCUUUUGCAACAACCAACUUUUUCAUUCAGAACUGGCAUGUUGGCCUUUACGAAAAGGAACAAUUGGUGGCAAUGGUUGCACCUUGUGGUACCCAGGGACGAUACGACGUUGGGACUAUCUGCUGUCCUCGAUACGAUACGUUCGGAGACUACUCGUCAUGACAGUGUUUACGAACGCCACAGAUGUUUGCGUCGAACCAAAGCGGGAGUGGAUCACAGACAGCAGUAUCCAGACGACCAGGAGAUAAGCGUAAACUCUGAAGAAGGUCAGAUGAGACGGAGGGUAGGGACGAGGAACCUAUCGGAGGAGAACGUGGUCGCGGACGGUGCCCGGGGACACACCAAGACUUUGGCAAGACGUAUUCUGAUUAUCGGCACCGGACUGGAGCCAUCAAAGACCUACGCAUUUGGAGGAGCCCGACGAGGUAUAGUAUAUUCUGUUGAGGGAUGA